UGCGGCUCCGGGAGAUCACGGCGCUUCGCCCGCCGCCGCCGGCUCCUCGGCGCCCGCGUCCAGGCCCGCAGCGGUCGGCCGGAUCCGCGACCCCGCCUCGGCGCCUGGAGGACAUGCGGGAGGGAGAAUGAGCCAGAGAGACACGCUGGUGCAUCUGUUUGCUGGGGGAUGUGGUGGUACAGUGGGAGCUAUUCUGACAUGUCCGCUGGAGGUUGUGAAAACAAGGCUGCAGUCCUCAUCUGUGACACUGUACAUCUCUGAAGUUCAGCUCAACACCAUGGCUGGGGCCAGUGUCAACCGCGUCGUGUCACCCGGACCUCUCCAUUGCCUAAAGGUAAUCUUAGAAAAAGAAGGGCCUCGCUCUCUGUUUAGAGGAUUAGGCCCCAAUUUAGUAGGGGUAGCCCCUUCCAGAGCAAUAUACUUUGCUGCUUAUUCAAACUGCAAGGAAAAGCUGAAUGGUGUGUUUGAUCCUGAUUCUACCCAGGUACACAUGAUUUCAGCCGCAAUGGCAGGUUUUACUGCAAUCACAGCAACCAACCCCAUUUGGCUUAUAAAGACUCGGUUACAGCUUGAUGCAAGGAGCCGUGGGGAAAAGAGAAUGGGUGCUUUUGAAUGUAUUCGCAAAGUGUAUCAGACAGAUGGACUUAAAGGGUUUUACAGGGGCAUGUCUGCCUCCUAUGCUGGCAUAUCAGAGACUGUUAUCCAUUUUGUUAUUUAUGAGAGUAUAAAGCAAAAACUGCUGGAAUGUAAGACUGCUUCUGUGAUGGAAAGCGAGGAGGAGUCUGUGAAGGAGCCAUCAGAUUUUGUGGGAAUGAUGCUGGCCGCCGCCACCUCCAAGACGUGUGCCACAACUCUUGCUUAUCCACAUGAAGUUGUAAGAACAAGACUGCGUGAAGAGGGAACAAAAUACAGGUCAUUCUUUCAAACACUGUCCCUGGUUGUUCAGGAAGAAGGUUACGGGUCUCUUUACCGUGGCCUGACCACUCAUCUGGUGAGACAGAUCCCAAACACAGCCAUUAUGAUGGCCACCUAUGAACUGGUGGUCUACCUGCUGAAUGGAUAGCAGUGUGGGGCUGCUUUGAAGAGAGAAGACCAAAAGAUUGCAGGACCAUGGAGUACCGAAGCCAGCGCGGUGCACAGAACAGCAGUUUGGGAACAUGUAACUAUGCCUAAGUGGGAGUUUGGCUGUCUGAGUGGAAGGAACCACCCUCGUUAUUGGUCUUUCGGUAAUGUGGAAAAGGAAUACCUUGGCUGCCUCCAAGGAAAUGCCUUUCAAAGCACCCCUUUCUCAAAAUUGCCAUUUUCUCUCCCGUGUCCACCAGACUCAGUUAUGUUUCAUUGGCUUACAGCAGUCAGAAUGCAGUGUUGUUUAUUCUGAGAGCACUUCUCCAACCCUUUAAACAAGGCCAUCCACAAUGAUGUGCUGCACUGCAGCUAUCCAAAGAUAAUAUUGGCAGACAUAAAUUUCUAACCUCUGGCUAUUAAUUUCUGUAAUCUUACUAAGACAACAGCAUUAGGGAAAACCUUGGUAUUAUUGCCACAUUUUCCCAAGAGAACCUGGCUAAAUAUUUUAAAUUCAACUGUUUUGGCAUUAAGAGUCACUGUUUUUGACAACGAAUGAAAUAGCAUCUAAAAUAUUUUGUUUAAACUGCCAGAGUAGCAGCCAUACAAUGGUUUUGAAUAUAGAAUCAGUGGGUCAGCUGUGGACGCCCGACCCUGUCGGUGACUUGGGCAUGCUCUCGUGGUCUCCCUAGCCUUGGAGUAACUGAGCGAACAAAGCAGUCUUUUAAGUGUUCUCUGGCUCCUGUUUUCACUUUAAAAAUUUGAGACUUUGAGUUGUUUCUAAGUCUGCGUAGAUUUCAUUUAACUAUUUUGUAGAGAAACUGAUAAUUUUGUGUUUUUCCCUUAUAAGUUUUUACUUUUAAGAUAACAUUAAUAUGUGGAACAGUAAAAAUAUUAAAGACAAUGGACCCUCUGCCAUCCAAACCAUCAGGUCAUUAUCUUAAUUGAGUUUGGUAAGAAAUCUGUGCUUGUUUUCUGAAAGGUAAAUGGUCGCGUUCAGGUUAAAUGUACUACCAGGACAGAGCUGUUAAAUUUUGCUGUUGAGGACACUGUACCUUCCAGUACUUUAAAGGAAUCAUCUGUGACACUCAUGAGGCUGUGGUGAUUCUCUAGGAGACUUUGCCUUCAGAGGUUGCCCCACUGCUGUAUGAAGCGUCUACACUUAAACUCAGUGCGGUGUUCACUCCGUGUACUUUCACUGCGUUUUGUGCAAUGGCUUCAUCUUCAGAACGACUUCCUGUGAAUGUACUUUGUGGCCUUUUGGGGUGUGAGAAUAAGAAUUUCACGUUAAAAUUCUUAUUUUUUAAAGUAUUGGCCAUGUAUUGGGCAGAAAUAGAGUUGAUAACUUUUGGGUUUGUAUGCAUUGUUUUGGAGAUCUUUAAUGUUUUCAGUAUUCUAUACCUUGUAGUGCCACAGCAUUAUUCACAUUGGGUUCGGGGCAGUGUGUCGUGGCAGGCUCAUGUUGCUAUCACUAGUGCCACGUAGUGCCCUCUUAAAUUCUUUGACCUUAACUUCUUGUAGUCAACAAUAACUGGAUGUUUUUGAGGUGCUCGAUUGGAGUUAAAAAUAUUCCAAUCCAUUUGGAGACCAAAGUCAAAUUCAGUUUCCCUACUUUUUGUGGCACAUUUCAGCUUUGUGAGGAACAUACCAAAAGAAGAAGAAGACAUGCAGGAGAUUCGAGGUCUCAAUCUGUGGUGUGUACCUUUUUGGGUGCCUUUGAUACUGCCUGCUAACCCAGUGCCAUUUGUGUUUGAGCAUCCAUCCACUUCAGUUCCGUGAUGUUGUGUGCAGGGCUGAUCUCAGUACCAACAAGUGGUGAGGAAAACGCAUAAACCAGCAGUGGGGAAACACUGAGCUGUGACACACGCAUAGCAGGAGUCCUUCAGGAGGGACGCUUGUUCCACUUUUGUUUGUGUCUAGCAAGUACAGUUGCCCUUGACCUUCAGUGCACUGUAUUCAUUUUGUUAAAAUGUUAAAUAUGUGUGUACUAGCAGGAGCAGUUUCGGACCCUUUUUUUUUCCAACAAAUAGAAAGGAGUGUUGAAGUUGGUGCUUUUGUCCGCUAAGCACCAUCUGGUGCAGUAGAUCUCAUGUAUAAUGGGAAUGAUUCACCAAAGUUCUUUAAAGUUUGUCUCUGAACAUUUCUUCAAAGGAUUUUAAUUGAUUUGAAUGUUUAACAAGAAGUUGUAUGCUCGAAGUGUUGGACUUUUUCGGUAGGACUGCUUCUGGUGUAAGGUGGUCAGUCCUCUUCGGAUUGGCCUGUAUUGUAGAUCCUUGCUGAGCAGUGAGCUGCACAUAUUCAGGGCAAACAAAGACACUGAAAGCAUGCUUCCAUGGAGCAGCGCUAAGGGAAGCUUGGGUCACCUCUGCUGCCCGUGACUCAGUCUGUCUCCUACAUUUCGAACUCCAAAUCUGGGAACUGUCCUGUAAUUGUGGAAUACCAUAAAGUGCUUUCAAUUGUAAGGGAAGAAAACUGAACCACCAAAGGUGUAGCUACAGAACCAACCCUACUGGCAGGCCUUGCGCAUAGUGAGUGUGUAAUCUUGAAGAAACUGGUAGAAUAUCAUUAGAUUAUUUAACCCAGACUUUGAUUUCCUAAAACUUAAUGCCCAGUGUGGAAUAGCAUGACUCUAAAGGUGGAAGCGUUUAAAUUGUUAGGAAAUAGUUUACUGGUACAUACAUAUUUUAAAUGUGUUUCAAAUCACAACAAAUACUGAUUUGAAUUUGAAGGCGUUAAGUUCUGAAAGUCAGUGUAUUAACCCCUCCUCUCCAGUCACUCGUGGCUGUCUGUUGGCCUGCUCUUCUGCCUGCCCUCAGUGCGGUGGCACUCCCCUGCGCUGUUAAACAUAACACGGCCUUUUUCUCCUCUAACACGUUCCUAAGAGUAGAGUUAUUUUGGAAUGGUGUAAGUUGAAAGGGAAUUUACCAUGUAGGAUAUACUUUCUGUUGCUUGUACAUCUUCUCCAUCUUGCCCUUACAUUUUCCAUGUAUCCACACACUCAUCUUUAUGCAGAUCCUUUCUGAAACAGGCAAUUGUAAUUACACUCAGUUUUGGUAUUAAACUUUUUGAAUGUGUACCCCAGUUGAUGUGAACAAUUAAAUUAUGACCUACACGUCAUAGCUAAUUAGCCAACGUCCAAUGACGUGGUAGCCUUUGAUCAUGUGACCUUGCUGUUCUUGAGUUGUGCACAUUGCUGUAAAUCAUGUGCGUUUAUCCUGUAUUUAUGUUAACCAGCCAACUUCUACUUGAAUUGCUGUGAUUCAAAAAACUAAAAUAUGCAUAUGAAAGUA